ACUGUCUACACCUGCAUGGGCUUCUUCCUGUCCUGCGGCGUUUGGCUUCCAAGUAUGUUUGCUCGAAACUGGGAAAGUCGCCCAGCCGUUGCCUGUGGGUUGAACUACACCUGGGACAUCAGGUUGGGAUAAUUCAACGACAGCAUUGCGGUAAAGAAAAAUGUCAGAAAACCUCGAUGGUGUAGAUGCUGCCCCGGUGUUUUGUGGAGGCUGUUUUAAAUUCAUUAUUUAUUGAGUUCACAGUGUUCUCUUUGUUUUAGCGAUACGUUAGCUGCUUCCGGAAAACAACCUUCACACAGAAAAUCAAAUGAAGACAUGGCGACAACAUUGUUGACUGGAUCAUUGUUUCACUCUCCCAGUUUGAAUGGAUUUUAGCCUUGGCCAUGCAGACAUAGACUUGUGAACAGACCGUUUUUAAGGAGAUAAGAGGACGCUGAUUAUUUCCAAAGACGUUUGGACUGAUCUUCAGCCAAUGGCUACAACAGAAACCAAAGUUGCCGGCAGCAGUAGCACUCCGGGUCUGUCAUGGGCGCGGGUGUGUAAAGAGUGUGGCCAGCAGCAUGAGGGCUUGGAUAGCCACCUGUAUGAGUACCAAGAUGAGGUGGAUGAUGAACUGGUUUGCCACAUCUGCCUGCAACCCCUCCUCAGACCUAUGGACACCCCUUGUGGCCACACAUAUUGCUUUCAUUGUUUGAGCAACUUCUUGAAAGAGCAGGACUUCUGCCCUGUGGACCGCCUGCGACUGCAGUUACAUUUAUGCCGUCCUUCCAGUCUGCUGGUUCGGAACCUGCUGGACAAGCUGACUGUGAUGUGCCCCCACUCUUCAGAGUGUCAGCAGCAGAUGCAACGCUGUGAACUGCAGCCUCACCUACACAACAGAUGUCCUGUUUUUAGAAGACUGAGGGAGGAAGCAGAGAAGAGGAAGAGGCCCUCGUGGAAUGAGCUAAAGGGGCGUAAGGGUGACGGGGAGUCGUCUGGUGAUGCUAAACAUUCAGCAACGGUUUCCCGAAAUCCCACCAAAGAUCAACCUGAGCCUGGGCUGAUUAAUCCUGCCUAUGAAGAAAGUGAGGAUGACAACACCCCCUUGCGGUCCAGUCUGGUGGCUGAGGCCAACGUGGUGGAGCUGUUCAGAGAAGAGCCUGAAGAGGAUCUGGGCCUUCGCAUUGUGGGGGGGAAAGACACACCGCUAGGGAACAUAGUCAUCCAGGAGAUUGUCCGGGACUCGCUAGCAGCUCGUGAUGGCAGACUGGCCCCGGGGGACCACAUCUUAGAGGUGAAUGAUGUCAGCCUGGCUUCAGUCCCCCACGCCCGGGCCAUCGCAGUGCUGCGGCAGCCUAACCUCCUCAGGCUCACUGUUAUGCAGGAGAAAGGUUUCAAAUCAAGGGAUCCACGGUCUGAUCACUACCCUUCCUCUUGCACCACUUCCACCGCCUCCCAGCCUUCUCACAGUCCCCAUGGCAACGCUACCUCCAAUAACAACCCCGGCACGGUCCUGCAGGUGACUCUAAUGAAGAGUCAGCGCACCGAACCACUUGGCAUCAAACUCAUACGCAAAUCUGAUGAGAGUGGCGUUUUCAUCCUGGACCUGCUGUCUGGUGGUUUGGCAGCCAAAGACGGAAAACUGAGGAACAAUGACAAGGUGUUGGCCAUCAAUGGACAUGACCUGAGGCACGGUACACCUGAGAGCGCUGCCCAGAUCAUACAGGCGAGUGAGGUACGUGUGAACUUUGUGGUGAUGAGACCUGCAGAGAAUCAGGAGGAAGGAGGAAGCAGCAGAGAGGGACAACACAGCAGAGCAGCCAGGAGGGCACCUGAGAUGCAGUACUUCAGGCGCCGGUCCACCUACAUGAAGGAUCCUCCAGGUGGGUUUUCCAGCCAGGAGAAGACUGUGAGCCUGAAGAAGGAGCCUCGGCUCUCCCUGGGCAUCACUAUUGCCGGGGGGCGGGACAUUCGCAGCCGUCUGCCCGUUUACAUCACAAGUGUGCAGCCUGUCGGCUGUCUUCACCGAGACGGCACCAUCAAAAGAGGCGAUAUUCUGCUGAGCAUCAACGGUGUCGAUCUAACCCAGCUGACCUACAAUGAGGCCGUUUCUGUGCUAAAGGCUCAGACUGCUCAGUCCCAGGUGACCCUCCGUGUCAUCCAGACUCUCUCCGAGGACUCAGAGGAGGACACAGAGGCUGCCAACAAGGACGAACUGGACACUGUGGAUGACCCACGAGACGACGCCCUCAGCUGGACACCGCUGUGGACUCGCUGGCUGGGACUACCCAGUCCCAUGCACUGGUGCCGGGACAUUGUCCUGCAGAAGACCAACAACGAGAGCUGGGGCUUUAGUAUCGUCGGUGGCUACGAGGAGAGCCACGGCCAGCAGCCUUUCUUCAUCAAAACCAUUGUGCCUGGUACACCUGCUCACUUUGAUGGACGCCUCAAGUGCGGUGAUGAGAUUGUGGCGGUGAACGGAGCCACAACAGUGGGAAUGAACAACUCCUCUCUCAUCCCCAUGCUCAAGCUGCAGAAGAAUAAAGUCACAUUGACUGUGGUGUCAUGGCCAGGGAGUCUUGUGUAGCGAAACACGCCUGCCCCAUUCACUCUCUUUUCUUUCUAUUACCCUCUUUAAUUGCUUAUAGCACACACAGAUCCUCGCCCUGUUCAGCUGCAUUCUUGACUGGGCCACUCACUGUCCCUUCCGUAGGCAACUCAUAGUUACAUUUGCAUUGUUGUUCAGUGUUUUGAUCAGUUAUGUAAGACAGAACGUACGUGAUUAAGAACCCUUCUAUGUACAACGUUUGUUUCAGUGUCCUCUCACUCAAAUGGCAGAUGAUUGCACCAAAUGGGUUUAAGCAGGGUGCAGGAAUGAUGACAGUCAGUGACAAUCAAAUAUAUCCUACGGACACUGGAAGGAUGGUUUUGCUUUUUGGAAUACAAUUUUCUAACAUGAAUUGUUUUGCUUUCCUGUUAUCUUUUGUGUGAUUCACAUAAACAGCAUCCAAAGUGUUGUUCUUACGAUAUAUGUAGACAGUUGUGAUAAGAAGAUGGAUGCUGUCUGUAAAGACUCACGCCAAAGACAGAAACAUCAUCCUGUCCUGUAGCUCUCAUACCAUGUGUCACUUGAUCUACUUUAUUUACAUUGCACUUCCAAGACGUGCAACAGAAGCAGGAAGCCGUGAUGAGAAUUCAAGUAAAUUGAGACAAAGUGACGUUAAGGAUAACAUCAACAGCAACUGCAGUGACCAAAACCACCUUUGGUUUUAACAGGGAGGUUGGUGAAUAGACCUACAGUCCCUUUUGGUUUAAACUUAACAGGAAACCUACACAUACCAUUUAAUCUGAAUUGCAUAGGUAGGAAACAGCUUGAGUUGAAGUUUAUUUUCCUAGGUAGCUGUUGAUACUACAAAUGCUGCAAUAGAAAAUACACUUUUAUAUUGUUUAAAACAGUGAGCUGGUCUAUUGAAGCAACUGAUUCUGUGAUGAAUGUUUGGUCUUAAUCAAACAUGUUAGACCAUAAAUUACAAAUUCAGCAGACUUGUCCAUUGAGCAGUUCUCUGUAUUUAUUAUAAAAUGAUAUAAUACUGAAUGACUUUGAUAAGCAGGUGCCUUGUAGACAUUGAAGGACAAACAAGAAUGUAUACUUGACAUAAAUUUUCACUGUACAAAUUUUUUUCCCCUCACUAUUUCCUCCCAUUAUAUUGUAUUCUAGGAGUUUUAAAGGAGAACGGCCUUGUUCAGAUUUGUGUUACCUCGUUCUUUUUGUGUCAACACAUUCCCAGUGGCCUUUCUUGUGUCUUAAUUGAGACCAGACUUAUAGAAUAAUUAAGAAUAGUUUUGAGUCAGAGUGGCUGUGACAUACAAUAUAUACAGUAGGUAAUGUGUGUAUUAACCCGUCCACUGUUUCAUUAUGUUCAAUAAAAUCUUAACAAAUCAA